AUGGAGAAUUUCUUUCAACGAACAGAACGAAUAGACUCAGAAGCCUCUGUGGAGAGUUUGUCGUUACAAAAAUGGCGGAUGGCGAAUGUUAUUUUGAACCCUGAUCUAUCUACAAGGAAUGGAAGAAGAAUCCAACUUAUCAAACUCCUCACACUUCUUUUAAUUCCUUUACUGGCCCUCACCGCACAAUCUAUCGUCAACUUAUUUAAUGCUCAGAAGAAGAACACAUGGGCGAGUAACGAAUACAACUCUGUCCUUAUUCUCGCUGAUGUCAGCAAAGUGAUCGAGGCACUCCAAGUAGAACGUGGACUUACAUCCAUGUACAUAGAGUCUUACGAUACUGACAUUUUUCAAAAGAUGUAUGCUCAUUAUCUCAUUACCGAUCAUUCCAUAAAUUCUGUUACCGAGUGGCCCGAUACCUCAGAUGAUUUUCCGUUUGAUAACGUACUGGACUUCAAAACUGUGCUCCAAGACAGACGGGCCACUGUGUCGCGAUUUGGAACUCGCACUACAGUACGAAAGGAACUGAACUUCUAUACAAUGGUAAUUGGUAACAUAACGGACUGGAUUAUGUCUACAAUUUACGAUCCCGAUGAAGCAACCUACGAUGAAGAUACCACUGAGUGGCAAAAUGAUAUCGCCGUCGGUUAUUUGCUAGAUAUCCAAGACCGAAUAGGGAUACAACGAGCACUUGGAUCGGUUUAUUUUAUAAAUGGUCGACUGAAUGAAAACAACUUUCAAUAUUUUCUUGAAAAUAAUGCUUUGUCAGAAUUUUACAUGAACAAAGUUAGGGAAUUGGAUGCCGAUCUGAAUUCAUUUUACGAAGAGCAGUGGGUACUUCCCGGGUACGAAGCACGUUUAGAAAACAUGACAGCAGAAAUUACAGAGCGUCGUUCGGAUUUAGGAUCACAGCGCUACAAAGCACUGGUUUGGUUUUCGAACAAAACGUACCAAAUCGAGACAUUGGGUAGCAUGAGGGAUAUGGUACUUGCGGACCAUCUUGAGGACCUAAAGCUUGGAUUUAACAAUGCCAAUGACGCGAUGAUUCGUGAAAUCAUUACCCUUCUUGUAAUCGUAUGCAUCAUUCCAACUCUAACCUUUAUGUUUUACAAAGCUACAUCUGGCAUUACGAAUUACACAAAAGAGCUAGAAACACAAAAGAAGCAGCUCAAAAAAGAGAAACGGAAAACUGAGUAUUUACUGUUUCAAAUGAUACCAAGAAUUGUAGCGAUGAGAUUAAAGCGACGAAAGAACGAUAAGCGGAUCAUCGCCGAGAAAUUCGGGAGUGUGUCGGUGUACUUCAGUAAUGUUGUUGGCUUCACCGAUCUCUCAUCGUCUCUCCCUCCUAGACAGGUGGUGAAUCUUCUCAACACUGUCUAUACAUUUCUCGAUGAGAGGAUCGAGUGUUAUGACGUGUAUAAGGUAGAGACAAUCAAUGAUGUUUACAUGGUCGCAAGUGGUCUACCGCACAGGAAUGGUGAUCGACAUACUCUGGAGAUAGCUCUUCUGGCACUUGAUGUAAUCUACAGGGUCAAGAGAGUUGCUGUAUCCGAUCUACCAGGUAUGGAGAUCCAACUACAGGUCGGCAUGCAUACAGGCCCAGUGGUAGCAGGAAUUGUUGGAAACAGAAUGCCAAGGUAUUGCCUAUUUGGUGAUACCGUUAAUACAGCUGCAAGAAUGCAAACAAGCGGAGAGCCACAGAAAAUCCACAUAUCUCACGCUAUGCAUUCGGCCCUUGAGAGAACCGGCAAGUUUAUUACAGAGGAGAGAGGCAUGACACACAUUAAGGGUAAGGGGAAUAUGAUGACUCAUUGGCUUAUCGGAAAGAACAGAACCCCGAAGAGUUUAACUGUGGUUGAUGUCCUACCACAAUACGAUGGCCCUAUAUGAUGCCCGGACACACUUACAUUGAUGUCAUCUUGCAAUAUGAUUGAAUGUGACAAUGUGAAUGACACAAUACAUUGAACUAAUUUGUUACAUUGCCACUAUCAGAGAAGUUAUAUUCGCCUGAGCAAAAUACAGUAACUUUGAAACACUAUUCCAAAUAUAAAAGUAAUUUAAAACGCUUCGGACGAUUUUUGCAGUCGGUCAACUAAAAAAACAACUAAUACUAACACACAAGCGUUUUAAAUUGGUUUUAAUUGAGUAAAUAC